GCGAAAGAAAAGCCAGAGCAGAAACCAUCGAAAAAAAGUGAUUGUGAAAGGACCACUUUUCUAUCGAAAUUAGAGAAUAAAGUUUGCCGCAGAAGAAACGAGUUUUUAAUGCAAUUCGUGGAUCUACGCCAGAAGGUAGUUCCCCGUUAAUUUUAGGUGCAAAUUGUAGUGAACACACAAAAGGCCAUAGAAUGUUCCCGACGAUUGACGUCGGAGCGACGACCGUUUCGGCGCUGAGCUUGCUGCUGCUGCUGGUGACGUUCGGGGCGCGCGGCGGAAGUGGCCAGCAGGGCGAGAUGAACGACUACCUGAAGCGGGAGCACUCGCUGAUUAGGCCGUAUCAGGGCUCCGGAAUGACCAUCCCGUACUGGGACUUUAUCGGGUCGACGUUCGUAACGAACAGCUACGUCCGGCUGACGCCGGACCUGCAGUCCAAGAGUGGGGCAAUCUGGAAUCAGAUGCCUUGCACUUCGAUCAACUGGGAGGUGCACAUCAGCUUCAAGGUGCACGGCAAGGGCAAGGACCUGUUUGGGGACGGGAUGGCCAUCUGGUACGCGAAGGACCGGUUGCAGACGGGGCCGGUGUUUGGCAGUCGGGAUCCCUUCCAGGGGUUGGCCAUCAUCCUGGACACGUACUCGAAUCACAACGGACCGCACAACCAUCAGCAUCCGUACAUCAGUGCGAUGGUCAACAAUGGCAGUCUGACGUACGACCACGACCGCGAUGGGACGCACACGCAGCUAGCGGGAUGCGAGGCCAAGUUCCGGAACGUGGACUACGACACGAUGAUUGCCAUCCGGUACGAGAACGACGUGCUGACGGUGUCCACUGACUUGGAGAACCAGAACACGUGGAAGCAGUGCUUCCAGGUGACGGGCGUCAAACUGCCCACGGGUUACCACUUUGGCGUGUCCGCCACGACCGGUGACCUGUCCGACAACCACGACCUCACCGCCAUCAAGUUCUACGAGCUGGAAGCGCCUCCACUGCUUUCCGAGGACCGCUCCCAGAUCCUGCCGUCGGCGGCCAGCUUCGAAGCCCCGCGCGAGCACAAAUCCGACCCGAAAUCUUCCGGCGCGGCGUCCAACAUCAAGAUCUUCUUCCUCAUCCUGCUGGCGAUGCUGAUCGUGGUGGUGCUGGUCGUGGUCGGAAUCAUGUUCUACCAGAAGCACCAGGAAAAUGCCCGCAAGCGGUUCUACUGAGGGACCAACUCCGCCGGAGCAGCAGCUUUAAAAUACCAAAAUUAUGGUCAUCAUUUAGUUUUCUCUUUUGAUUUUUGCUCAUCAUAAGUUACGUAAAGCGAGAAGAAAAUGCAUUUCUUUCAAAAAACAACACGACAAAGUAAUUUUUAAGCGAAACGACGAUUUCAUCCGGAAUCUUGAAUCUUUAAUUGGCGGAAAUGGUUUAACGGAUUAAAUGGCACCUGGAUUGACUGGAUUUUAGCUCGUAAGGACCCUAGUCUCUCGCGUGUCGUCGGCGUAAAUAAGAUAAUCGAGUGGUUUUGUUGUACAUUUCUCAAAUCGCACCAUUUCGGCACAUUUGUAGCAAAAAAAAAAUUAAAUCACAUUUGGAACCAACAAAAGACGUCAGGAAGAGCCGAUUAUUUAAGGUUUAAGUGAAAUAAAACCAAAAAAAAAUCUCA